AUUUCAUGAAUGGUUCAAUAGUUCAUUAGUAAGCUGUCAAAAAGUUUUGGAUGUAAUAAUUUGUUUUUGUAAAUUAACAAUUUUGAUAGUGUGAUAGUAGUUGUUCAUCAAACGAUUUUACUGAAAAGCUAGACUUUUUUAUAAUGUGAACGCUAUUGCCUUUUUAUUACCGACGAUUUUAGGUGAGGUGAUUUCCAGUUAUUUGUGAUUUGGUGAAGGUUAAUGCAGAUUGGCAGCAUCUUUUAUUUAAACAAUUUGGAGUAUGAAAAUAAUAAUUUGAGCUAUGGCUUGGGUAAAAUGGGCAGGCCUGUAUGUCAUAUUGAUGCAGUUACAUCACAUAGGAGCAGAUAUCCUUGUUCUGCCAAUGGAUGGAAGACAAAUAGAAGAAGAAUUUAGAGAUCUUCCUUCAACUUUUGGGAAUUCGUUGCCAUAUGAAGUAGGCCUAAGAGGUCUUGUGGUAUAUUCUGAUCCACCAGAAGCAUGUACUGUUGUUUCAAAGCCUCCAAUGGUGGCAAAUUACACAGGAAAGUGGAUAUUAUUGGUAGCACGCUUUAAUUGUUCAUUUGAAGAUAAAGUUCGUAGGGCACAAGAUGCUUGGUAUGAUGGGGUUAUAGUACAUAAUGUAGGCUCAGAUAUUUUAGAGUCUAUGACAGCCAAAAAUCCUAAUGGAAUACACAUCCCUUCAGUUUUUGUUGGUGAAACGACAGGAAGUAUGAUAAAAGAGUUGUAUACAUACAAUAAAGAUUAUUUUAUAAUAAUAAAUUCAGAACUACCAUUUAACAUUAACACCCAUUUGCUGUUACCAUUUGCAAUUGUGGUUGGAAUAUGUUUCAUAGUGAUGGUUAUUUUUAUGAUUGUGAAGUUUAUAAAAGAUCGAAGGAGGCAACGUAGACAUAGACUCUCAUCUUCAGCCUUAAACAAAAUUCCAGUCUGUAAAUUUGCUAAGGGAGAUCCUUAUGAUACAUGUGCCAUAUGUUUAGAUGAUUAUGUUGAGGGUGAAAAACUUCGAAUACUUCCAUGUGCCCAUGCUUACCAUACAAAAUGUAUCGACCCCUGGUUGACAAAAAAUCGUCGAGUUUGUCCAGUUUGUAAGCGAAAGGUGUUCGCGCAUGACGAGACACCUCAUGGGGAGUCUGACAGUGAUUCAGAUGCUGAUGAUACGACCCCUUUAGUGAGGAAUAACAACGGUAACGUAACGCAGGGUGGAACUUUUGUUCAGCAAGCAGAGAAUCCGUUCCAACGAGCUGCGCGUUCUAUUUCCCAACAGGUGGAUGGCGUUAAUUUCGUUACCGCUUCUGAUCAUCACAGUAUCAACGGUGAAGCCGACCAUACCGAUAGCACGUCGACUACAUCGACUAGCAGUUCGUAUCAAAGUCUUUGGCCAGAUGCUAAUGGUCGAUUAGUUCCAGUUCACCAUAUCUCAGGCAAUUCCAACAGCAAUUCCAACCCUGCGGAACGUCGUAACGAAGUCGUUUAGAAAUAUCGUUUUACCACUAAUUUUGUUGAGGCUGAGAAAUAUUUCGCUUAUUGCUUACAACAACGAUAACGUUUGGCAUUCAUUCGAGUCUAGUGUAAGUGUAAGGGUGCGUGUGUGAUUCUUGUCUUUGUGUGUAAAUGUACAAGUUAAAUUAAGGACAAUAUUCGCUUUAUACAAGGUUGCAUCUUCACAUAUGUGACAAAUGUCACUUUUAAUUGCUUACGAAAAUAGAUGACAAUUUAGCUGUGUGCUUGUAAGUAUUUUUUCGGUUAAAAAGCACUUAAUGUAUGUUGCUUUUAGCUUAAAAUUGUUGUAAUUGAAAAUGGUGAUUUAUUUUAGUUGCGUCGUAUCACCAGAAUAUGAUUUCUUAAUGCAAGUGACGUUUUUUAUUUUUUAGUCAGAUCAAAUACAUUUUUUCAGUUUUAUUCUUUUUCUUCAAUUUUUUCAAUUUUUAAAUUCAAAUAAGUAAUAUAAACGUAAAGAAGUAAUUCAAUUAGUAGUUUCCACUUUACAAAAGUAUGUCUUAAUAUUAUAAUGAAAUUACACGUGGAUUUUCUUUUUUUGUGGUGUUUGGUGCAGAAAGUGAUCGAAAAAUUAAACGAAUACUGAAAUGUUCCCGUCGUUAUGGGCAUUUUGCGAAAUAUUUCUAAGUACAAUUUUUGUUUAUUUGUAGCUGCUAUUGCGUAUAUUAUAAAUAUCUUUGAACUAGUUUAUAAAGAAAUGAAUUUUUUUGGUGCUAAACAUCUGACCUGAGUUCAUUACUAUUUAUAGUUUGUGCCGAUUCGAUAAUCUAUAAAAUAAGAGUAAUUCUUGACAGCAAAAGAUAUUUGAUUGUAUUUAUCAGCUGUUUUGUCAAGGUCGGCAUCCGUAGUCUGGUACCUGGUUUAAAAAGUAUAAAUGUUAAA